AUGUACCGAGUUUGGUCAUUAGACUCAGGAGCAGGAUCUGGUUGUCCUAAUUAUAGAGGUUACGAUUGUAUAAGGAAAAAUCAAAUCGAUUGGAUUGGUUAAGAGUUCAACAAAAUUUCUAAGGAUGAUCCAAGCAGAGGAAAGGGUAUUCUUUUCAUGCACAUCCCAAUCCAGGAGUAUUUAUAUAUGUUUAACGAAGGAAAUAUUGUUGGAAAAGCAGGAGAGGAAAUUUGCUGCUAAGCAGGUAAUACUGGUUUGUUUCAGGUUAUUAAAGACACUAAUGGAGUCGAUUGGAUUUCUAGUUGUCAUGAUCAUCACAAUGAUUUUUAUGGAAUCUACAAAGGUAUUACUAUGGCAUAUGGUAGAAAGACUGGUUACGGUCAAAUAGGACCCAAUGGAUUGAAAAAAGGAGCAAGAGUGUUUGAAAUUUCUAUUGAUCCUCAUUAUUAAGUAAAAACUUGGAUUAGAUAAGAGGAUAAAUCAAUUGAUUAUUAGGAAGAAUAUAUAGACAAGCCGUUUAUACCCUAAACUUAGGACUAUUGCUGUGUAUAGUCUGAUAUACUUAGAUUCUUAAACUACAAGUUAAUAAUGGUAAUUUUGCUGGGAAUUACCUAUUUCCUUGCUGAUUCUCUAAUGUUUAGACAAAAAUAAAGGGGAAGAAUUAAUAAAAAUAAAGAUAGCAAGCAAUGCAUAGUCGCUGUUGAAUGA